CAGUUGGGUGUUGGACCAGGGGGGGCGAAGCGGCUGCGAUUCCCCUCGCCUGAAUUCCUGUUGUGCCCUCUAGGUUUGGUAAGGAGACGGUUGGACUCGCCCGGGCUCUGCUUGGCGUGGAGCGUGGCUCAAGGCUGAUGCCAGCCAGGAGCUGUGAUCCCAUGCGGACCAGUGUCUCGGCUCUUCUACCAGGGCAAAGCACCGAAAUGCAGCCCAUGCCCCUGCACAGCCUUUCGGAGCUGGAAAGAGCCAGCCUGCAGGAGCUCGCUCUCUACCGGCUGCAGGAGAAGCUGCUCCUGGGAGAUCUCAGCCUGGCUAAAGUUGGACCCAAAGGCAGCAAAUCCAUCCGCCAGAAACUGGAGAGCUUUUCAAAGGAGAAGAAAGGUGAGCGGCCUCGCUUUUACCCGCGUCUGCUCCCUGCUCCGGCAGGGCAUCACUGGCUUUUGGUGGGGCUGAGCUGGGAGGUGCCCCUGCUGCUUGCUGCUCCCCAGGGCGGGUGCGCCGGCACGUGCCCAAGCCUGGGAGGGAUGGGAGGGAUGCGUACGUGUGCGUGGAUGGAGUGCACGUGCACGUGGCCGUGCGUUUGUGAAGGUGUGCACAUGUGAAUAUUUCCACCUGCACAUACGAAUAUUUCUACGCGCCCCUCUCAUCCCCGAUCUCGUGGCUCCGAAUUCUGCUUCAUCGUCCCUUGGAGGCCGUCAGCCACAAACCCUGGGAAAGCAGGAGCGUCGAGCACAGCCAGCUGGCAGCGAGCACUGCCUAAUUUUCUUCAUGCCACGUACAAGUUCCACCCAAGCAAACGAUGGAGCCGCAGCCUGGUAUUUCACAAAAUGGGUUUGUGCCUUGGGCCCCGGCUGCCAAAGCCCUGAGGCCAGGGCGGUGCGGAGGCUGGGAGCAAGGCGAGCUCUCCUUGCCCCCCAAGGAGCUACGGAGGGGGGAGAUGCCAUGAGUAUCCAGACUGUUACCCUCGAACAGACAUAGCUGACACAAACCCUGUAGAAGGUUAUAAUUCAGAGGUUAUAAUUGGGUAAGAAUCUUUUGAAUAGGCUAUUUCUGUGAUUUAUGAAGCCUCCCCCUCACAGCCACUGUGGCACCUUCUCAA